UUCUCUGUUGUCUCUCUCGAGUUUCCUUUUGAUGGCUUUUUAGGGUUUUCGACGUCGACGGAGACAUCUUUGUUUCGUCGGGUCCGGUAAAAAUCGAUCAAUUGACCUUGAAUUACAGUUCGAAACGAAGAGAGACGACAAAUUCGAGGUCACUUUAAUCCAUUGCGUGGAAAAGUGACGUUUAUGUUUCAUCAAAUCGUAGAUGAGAACCGUAGAACGUAAACAAUACGUGAGGCUCUUUUCUGAGGUCUUUAUAUCACGAAAGGAAAGGGGAGGUCUUGAAGGAAGGGUUCAGAAUCAAUUCUCUUCCCUUUUCCUGGUUCCCCAUCUCGUUCGUGGUUUGUGCUGGAUUUUGCAUUAAAGAUGUUGGUUAUAACCGUUUUGGUUAAAGAAUUUGUUGUUUUUCCAAGUUUUAUUACCAUCUCUUCGUUUCCUGGUUUCGGGAAUUCUUAUUCGUAAUCCCUGGGUUUGCUCUAGGAUCUUUCGACUGCACUAUUUCGAGACUGCGAGCUGAUUCCGAAGUAGUUCAGAUCUUCGGAUUAUUUGAUCUCUGUUGUUUGAUGGUUAGGGAGCAAUAGGCCUUAACAAGAUUUGGAUUUUGAACGGUUUGGGGUUUUUUCAGUUCCAAGUGUCGAACUUCCGCUUGCCAAUUCUUUCAAACCAAUCCACUCAAACUCUGAGCCAUUCUCGUCUAUAAUUCAAACCUAAAUUUCGAUCUUCCGUUUUGAUUCAUGGUACUUCGAGUUCUAGAGUUUAGAUUUAGAAGCUUGUUCCAACUUCCAACUAAGCAUUUCUGAUACUUUGCAGCUUUAAGCACAAUAGAUAGCGAUUGAACUUGGUUUUUGGGCUAGAUUUCUAGCUUUCUAGGUUAAAUUCUUCCGCGGUUCUGAGUUAAGCCUUCUAUAUAGUUCCUUCUCUCCGUAAAAGUUCCUUCUUUUUAAAAUUCUUUUUUGUAAAUUCCAAAAAUUCUUGUAAAUACUAAUUCUGUUGGGAAACCUACAUCAAUAAAAUGACUAUUGCAAACUUUGCCGCGGUGAAGGAGAAGAGAUCAUCACGAAAGAACAAACAGGUUAUUGACGAAAAAGCUCCUUUGUUGCCGAGAAGACAAGAUGAAGAUUUUGAGUUCCAUGAAUUUAAUGGAGCUUCCUUUGGCGGGGCUGUAUUUAAUCUAUCAACCACCAUCGUUGGUGCUGGAAUCAUGGCUUUGCCUGCGACCAUGAAAAUUUUAGGUCUUGGCGCAGGAAUAGCUUUGAUCAUCUUCAUGGCGUUCCUUACGGAGGCUUCCAUUGAGAUGUUGCUCCGUUUCAGCAAAGCAGGGAAGACAGUUUCAUAUGGAGGAGUUAUGGGAGACUCCUUUGGGAAGAUUGGUAGGAUGCUGUUGCAGAUGUGUGUUGUCAUCAACAACGUUGGAGUGCUUAUCGUGUACAUGAUUAUUAUUGGUGAUGUGCUCUCUGGAACAUCUGCAAGUGGAGUUCACCAUUCUGGUCUCUUGGAAGGCUGGUUUGGAGCACACUGGUGGAAUAGUCGCGCCUUUAUUCUGCUCGUCACAACUCUUGGUAUAUUUGCUCCAUUGGCAUGCUUUAAGCGUGUAGAUUCAUUGAGAUACACAUCUGCCUUAUCAGUCGCACUUGCUAUCGCAUUUGUUGUUAUUACUGUGGGAAUCACGAUUGUCAAGUUGAUAAGUGGAAGUAUUGCAAUGCCCAGGUGGCUUCCUAAUGUUACUGAUAUGACGUCAUUCUGGAAACUCUUCACCGUGGUUCCUGUCCUUGUCACAGCAUACAUCUGCCAUUAUAAUGUGCACACAAUCGACAAUGAACUUGAAGACUCUUCCCAGAUCCAACCAAUUGUGCGAACUUCACUUGCGCUGUGUUCAACUGUGUACAUAACAACGAGCUUCUUUGGGUUCCUCCUUUUUGGUGAGUCAACCCUUGAUGAUGUCCUUGCAAACUUUGAUACCAAUCUUGGUAUCCCAUACAGCUCAGUGCUCAACGAUGCAGUCCGCGUUAGCUAUGUCAUCCACCUCAUGCUUGUUUUCCCCAUCAUCUUCUUUGCUUUGCGGCUCAACUUGGAUGGCCUCCUUUUUCCCUCUGCCAGGCCUUUGGUUUUGGACAACCAAAGAUUUGCACUGAUCAGCAUAGGUCUCAUUUCUCUCAUCUUCUUGGGUUCAAAUUUUAUACCUAGCAUUUGGGAUGCCUUCCAGUUCACUGGAGCAACAGCUGCUGUGUGUAUAGGGUUCAUCUUUCCUGCUGCCAUCGCUCUCAGGGACCCUCAUGGCAUAGCAACAAAGAAGGACAAGUUCUUGUCUGUUUUCAUGAUUGUUCUUGCGGUUUUCUCGAAUGUGGUGGCCAUAUAUAGUGAUGCCUAUGCUAUGUUCAAGAGGAACUCGUCACCACGUGCCUGAUAGCUUCCCCUGUUCGAUUGAACUUUCGGUGGUCAGGACUCAGGAGAGUAAACGUGGACGGUGGACCGGUGAUAUGCACAGAAAGAACUAAGAAUAGCAAGAUCAAUUGGAAUCCAAUAGAAAAUCAGAGUUUUCUGGGAUGGUUUGAUCGGUUCAAAUUACAAGAAAACUCAACUCAAUAGUUAAGUUGGGUUGCUCUGCUGGUCUAAAAGAGAAUAAAUUCUUGUACUGCUCUUUGAGUUUGAUAUGUAGAGGUGUGUUGAUUCAGGAUUGCGUUAGAUUCAAACGUCUCUUUUUCAAUGUAAAUGUCGUGUGCAAUAAAUGUAAAUGCUUUUCUUUUUUUUUUGAAAACUUGGUGAGCAUUGUUUUUUUUCCGGUGAAUAUGAAUAUAUGAUGAUGAUAGCUCAAAACUA